AUGAAUAAUGAAAAUCUAGUGAAACCUCCGCAAGCUGAUGACAAUGCAGCUCUCCAUCCAGUGAUACUUAGCGAUAUCCUGGACUGGGAUCUCGGAGGCUGCUACUCACCUCCCGCUAGCCAGGCUUCGAGUAGCUUGUUAGUUCACUCCAACAUUCUUGCGUUAGCCGAAAGUCGACCUGGUCUGAACGUCACUUGUCAUGUUCGUCCACGCAUGAGGAAUCUCAACCAUUUCCUGCGUUACCGAUUUGAUAAACAGCGCAAGGAAGGCCUUGUAAGGGAGUUUCUUCGUCGGUGCCGUCUGCUUCGUUGCAGUCUUCGCCAGCCAACAGGCGUAAAGUGGCAUUAUCCUCCAUCUUCUGCGAAUAUUCUCUCUCUAGCUCGAGAAUUUGAUCACCUAUCAGAUUUCAACUCGGUAUCCAGUCUUCGUAAAUUACCGCACCAUGUUCACGAUCCGCCCAUCGCCAGGCUAAACCUAACCAUUGUUUUGGGCGGGAUUUUGAGGACGUAUCGGCGAACCCGAAUUACUCCGGCUUUUAAUCGUCGCGGCCGUAUUUUCUGCCUUGGUACUCCUGGCCUGUCGAAGCCUUUGGAUUUCUGCCCGGGGAAUCGCUACUACGAUCCUGGAAGUACCACGGACGAGGCACCACGGGCCCUUGACAGGGGAGAGUAUCCCGCUUGUACACCUCCCUAA